CUUGCUUUUCCUGUUUCUGUUCCUUUCUCUUUUUUCAUUAUACUCAUUGUACUUUGUACGCCACAACGCCAUAGAAAAGAAAACGUUAUGAUUUUUACAAAGAUAUGUCUGUUAUUGUUAGUGUGCUGUUAUUGUCAUUUCAUUCAGCCAUCAACAGCAUUUUCCUUUGAAAAUAAAAAGAGAUUUGAAUACCUUGUCAAUAAGAAAAGAAUCAAAAAUUUCAGCAUUGGCUAUUCAAACAAUGAUACCACAUCCACAGCUAUUCCACUUGCGCCUGCUCUACCUGUUGGAUAUGGUCCCUUCUAUAUCGAUGUUCCUUUGAAUCACGAUAACAAUGACACUGGAGUUACAUUUAAGAAUAGAUACUGGAUCAAUGCCGAUUAUUACCAACCAGGUGGUCCUAUUAUAUUCGCCAACGCCGGUGAAGCUGAAGUUAAAAGUGCCUCUGUCGUCUUAUUUAAUACAACCAUGGCUCAAUUGACAGAGCGCUUGAAUGGCAUCUUUGUCUAUAUGGAACAUCGCUUUUAUGGUGAAUCGACUCCUGUUACUAACAACAAUGGUGUACAAGAUUUGGACAAGUACAUUCCUUAUCUGAGUAGUGAACAAGCUUUGGCUGACAUGGCCUAUUUAUUGCAAACAAUCGAGUUCCCGAGUGAACUCAACGUUCUACCUGUCCCGCAAACAAAGGUCAUUGUCUAUGGCUGCAGUUACAGCGGUAAUCUAGCCGCCUGGAUGAAAGACAAAUAUCCUGACUUGGUCUUCGCUGCUGUUGCCUCAUCUGCACCUGUUCAAGCUCAAACCGACUUCCAUGAAUACUUUGAUCCUAUCAUACGAUACGGCCCUUCAGAUUGUAUCCGCAAUAUCCGUGAUGCUAUAGCUUACAUUGAUUCCAUCCUCUUCGGUAAUUCCACUGACGACAUAGAUCAACUAAAGAAACUUUUUGGCGCCGAAGGAUUUUAUGACGAUGAUUUCGCUAGUUACUUGCUAAAUCCUAUGGCUGAAUUCUGGCAAUACGGCAUAGAUGACACAACGAACCUCUUUGAAAAUAUCAUGUGCAACAAGAUCUUUAAAAAUAACAACACGGUUCAAGAGAACAUCAUCGCUUAUGCCGCCUUUUUACAGCCGUAUUCCGAACAAACCUACUGUGAUACCACGAAUUCUACUGAUCUUCAGCCCUGUUUUGAUACUCAUAAUGCUACGUCUAUUCAAGAGCAGAAAUUGCAAGAUCCUUCUACUGCUUCUUGGUUGUGGCAGACAUGUACUGAGUUUGGUUAUUUCCAAGUGGCUCCUCCUUCCGGUGAGCCUAGUAUCAUAUCUCGUAAAUUGGCAGUAGCCAGUAUGCAACGUCUUUGCCAGCUUUACUUCGGUAAUAGUACCAAUGUUCCUGAAUUACCUGAUACUGAUAAGACAAACCAAAUUUAUGGCGGCUGGAAUAUUAGAAGUAGUUUGCAAAAUAUGAUCUGGAUAGACGGUGAAUGGGACAGUUGGAGAGAAUUGAGUGUUUUAAGUCCUCAAAUUAAUAGCAACAGUAAUUUAGCAAACAGUAUCAUCUUACCUAAAUCGACUCACUGUGCUAACUAUGCUGGUAUCACUUCUGAAAGUCCUCAAUAUCUGGUAGAUGCGCAGAAUCAGCAAUUCGAAACUCUUAAGGCUUGGUUAGAUCAGGCCAACAAUACCACUACAGCUACUAAGAAAACUAUGUUAUCCAUUUAGACGAAGUUUUAUUGUAAUUUAUGAUUGUAAAUUACUCUUGGUUUUUUUUUUUUUUUUCUU